CCAGACUACAAUCUGCAGGAGACACGGGAGAGCGGUAGCGAUGUCGAAAUGAAAGUCAGCCAUUCUGAUCAAGCAUGGGGUGGGUUGGAAGCAUGGCAUGAGAUGUCCGUGGAAAUUUUUUUUUGUACCCUAUCGUCCGUGAACAUCUCACGCCAAUGUGAGCGAACGGAUCUGACCACUUGGGAUGGAUGCCCUACCUGUUUGUUGACACUGAAACAUACUUUGAGACAAUUUGCUGACCAGUGGAUUGACAUUUGACUUGAAGGGACUACAAGAAGUGUGGUCGCGUUACUCAUUGUCAUUCCAGGGAGCAAAAAGUACACCAAGAACCAAGAUAUUGGAUUUUACAUUUCCGAUGUACUCUUGUCCCCUCUUGGCUAAUUAAUCGAUUUGCUCUCCAUCGGACACAAAUAAAAUGACACUUGAGUUUGAGAUUUCAACCUGUCCCGAUGUUGUUCUUGUCCGCCAUAUAAUAAUCCAACACAAGGUUUAAAAGCAAAAAAGGAAGCAUCUUUUCGCACUAGUUCCUUGGCGAAGCAAUAGUCUGGCAGAAUCAAAAAUGUAACUUUUUGAAAAAAAACAAGGCCCCCCCCCCGCAUUGAAAAAAAUGGCGGGAAAUUCAAACUUUGCUAUUUAUUUUUUAUUUGCGACUCUUGGUUAUGUCAAAUUGUAAAAUGCAUAAAACUUUUCAUUUCUGUUUUUUCAUCUCUUUUCACCAACCAUUUGAUUUGUUGCACCUGGUGUAUUUUUCUCUCAUGUUGCUAAUCUAUAGUCACGAAUAAUGGCAAGUGGUAGCAAUGACCGAUUGAUGAAAACACCAAAUCGCAACAGGGGUCGUCUAGUUCAAGAAAUGUGCCGCCUAAAUUACUUGCCAAUUUACGUCCAAACCCCGAUGAUGUCCUGGCUCUACCUCUAUCAAGCUUAAAGUUCAAUCACCUCCAAGCAAAAAGCAAAAAGGUAUGCAGUCGGUGGUCAGUGGUCAAGGGGGCUCUUAGGCUCUUAGGCUCUUAGGCUCUUCUGGGCUCUUUGGGGGCCUUCUCUUCUCUCCACCAGUCGCCGUUGGAAACCAGUUUGUACCCUGAAUGGAAAAAAUAGAAAUGCUCACCUCAGUCGGACCUGAUGUUUGUCUAUGGGUAUCAGGGUCUUAAACCCUUCUUGGAUCCAACUUGGGCUCGAUGUCAUGGACCGGUUUUUAAGUGGGUCAGCGAAUUCCUUAUCCCCAUAAUCGCGUCGGAUCAACGCCCUCGACCUCGCGUCCCGAGGAACUCCACGUUUCAGUUUGCGUUUGGAUCAAAUCCCAACAGGAUCGAUCUCAUCUUACUACCUCAAGAUGGGUGGAAAAUCCUUAGUGUUUGUUUUAAUGAGUGCCUCACUCUUGAUCGGGGUUCAGAGUAUGGCGGCCUCGCGUCUUGCCCGAGUAUUCUCCCCUUUGAAUGUGGUUCAGUUUCCCAAUGAUCCUUGUUCUAGCACGGGCGGUGCCAACAACGGCACGUGCUACACUCAAGGCGAGUGCACCAGCCGCAAGGGCGUGGCAUCUGGGACGUGUGCUGGGGGCUUCGGAGUGUGUUGCGUGUUUGUGGGUGGAUGUGGUACCAUGGUGCGAGAGAACUCGACCUAUUUCCAGGGUGAUGCCACCACCAUGGCCGGAGGGUGUUCCUACCAAGUCUGUCCAGUAUCCAAUGACAUUUGCCAAAUAAGGCUGGACUUCAUAAUGUUCAAUAUUGCUGGUCCGGACGUGAGCACGACGACCACAUUCUCGACGCUGAAUGGCAAUGCAGUGGAAAUGGGGGGUGCAGCCUCCAAUAUGGCGUCUAAUUGCAUAACGGACUCCUUCUCUGCCACUGACGGAAGUGGGAUGGGCUCAAACGUCAUUUGCGGCGACAACACUGGUCAACAUAUGUACCUUUCCGCUGAGGGUGGCUGUGUCAAGUUGAUGUUCCAAUUCGGUAGUAUGGCCAUGGGUAUGGGCACGGCCAUGGCCAUGAGGAUGUGGAAGAUCAAGGUGAGCCAAAUCAGCUGCCAAUCUGAGCUCCUGGCUCCUCAAGGGUGCACUCAGUACAUUACCAAUCCUCUGGGAAUGGGUAUGGUGCAAACCUUCAACUUCAACGGAGGACAGCAUUUGGCCAAUCAGAACCAAAACAUUUGCAUCCGCAGAGAGGGCGUCAACUGCAGGUUGUGUUUCUCAUCGGUUGCCGCGACGGACUUCGCGGUUUCAGGACUCUCUACAAAAACGAUGGGAUCAACCAAGGGUUGUUGCGGAUACGGAGCCACGGGCACUGGUGUUAAUGGCAAAGACUGUGUCACCAUUCCCGGAGCGAAAAACGCUGCGGGUUUAUUUGUCUCGCCCAAAUUCUGUGGUCGAGGUGGUUUAGUCACAGUCGACAUGAUGGCUGCAGCUUCUGUGUGCACCACCACUAUUCCCUUUUCCGUUCGGUUUAUUUCGGAUGACUUCGAAUUUGCAGGCGCCAUAAACGAGGCUACUGUUAUGGACAAGGGCUUCAAACUCAGCUACAUGCAAGAUGCGGUGAUGUGCGUUUAAGAUACGCGAUUACUAUUGCCACAACGACUUUAACUACUUCUCUUGCCGCUUCCGUUCCUUGUUUUUGGCAUAUUAUCGUUGCCAUAUGAAUAAACAAUAAUGCUGGUUA